AUGCCUCCCAUUAAGCGACGCCGUCAACGAAAGACCAAAGUGACUACCAAGUCAGUUUUGCCACGACGAACAUUUGCAACCUGGCUCGACGACACAGUACGAUCGAUCCGCUUCGCUGCGGGCACAGUCCACACAGCUAAAACGGUAGCAAACACUGGGACAUCUCCAUUAAGCACAGCCCACGACUUGCUGCAGUCAGCGGCAAAUUCGCUCUGCACAGCGGCUAAAUCAAUCAGAUCAGCCGCAAACUUGGUGCAUGCAAGUUCUCCGAGUAAUGAUCCAUCUGCCAAAGCGCUCUGCGCCAGACUCCGCUUAUCGGCAAACUGGCUCGUCUCUGCUGCGGCGCCUCUCCGCUCGUCACCGCCCUCGAUCCACGAUGCUCUUCAAGUAGCUGCUGUUGCUCUUCGGAAGGCUGCGUCGUCUUUAGACACAGGUGAGGUCGAAUCUACGCUGAGAUUAAGAGCUAGCUUGCGAAGAGACGCGGUAGCUGAGCCACAGGUGAGUAGCAGUGAAGAUAACUCCCACGAACAACCGGCUACUACAUCAUCAGGCUGUGAACAGCGUCACCAUACAGACCAAGAAAUUCAAGACAGAAAAUUACGAAUCCAGAACGAUGGUGAUAGUGACACAGAGUCAAACGAAAGACCAAGGGAGAAAUUGACAAAACCAGAAAAAUCGGAAGAAAUGCUUAAACUGGAAGAAAAAACGGUACAGAAUCAAUCAAAAGAACCUAUUGAAACCAGUAGCCCCAUCAACAAGGAUAAUACAGACCCAGAAAAUACAGAAAAGCCCGCAGUGCUUGAAGAAGAUAAGGAAAAGGUGGAAAAUGAAACCAACAAUUCCGAAACAGUAAACAUUCCGAAAGAAAUGAAUGAAAACAUAAUUAUCAUAGACAUAGAGCUGGUGAGCGAAGGUGGAGAAAAUGAACUGGAAACGAAGAAAAGUAAUGACGAAGCGUCAAACGAAAAUGAUUCGAAUAGUCAUAUUGAUGAGUCUGGAAUAAAGGAAGAGGACACAAACAAGGAAAGAAAAGAAGAGUUGGCUAUUAAUCUUGAACCGAAGAAUCAAAAACCAGAAAAAAUGGAAGAGACGGAGAGUGACCAAUUGGAGCCCAAGAUUUAA